AUGGUGCGACAUAGUUCCGAGGCCCCCAGUACUACUCCUGGGGGACAGACCACCCUGGGCUCCUCGUUCUAUCCACCGGAGUAUAUUUGGAAUUCUCUCUCUGAUACCCAACGCGAUUCGUUUAUGUCCACAGUGUCCGCUUCCCUCGUUGCGGGCGACGGGCAGCGUAAGCGCCCACGUAUAGAUCUCACCACAGAGGAGGAUAUCGACGACGGUAGGGUUCCGUCUCUUGUUUUGCCAGUCCUCCCCCGCUUCCCCGGUCUCGACCGUGCUGCCAUUAUAGCCGUUUUUGAACACACCUUCCGCCCAAAGAAGGACCUCAUAAAACUUCGCAGCCCCGAAUUCAAAGCCUCGGCACCGGAUGGCGAGUCCUUCGACUUGAAGUCCACAUCGUCUGGCCUGCAAUUCCGCAAGGUGGUUUCAAUCAAGGACUGGGGUCAAUCAAGGACUGGGGCAAUGACGCAUCCCUGUGGGCCCACUGCUUUAGCAGUUAUAUCGCCAUCUGGUGUGAUUUCUUCGCUGCCAAGCACUCACUAUGCAUCAGUGGAAUGGUCCUUUUCCACCGCCGUAUUUGUGACCUUGCCAGGGCAUAUAAGUGGCAGGAGUGUAUCCUGCAAAUGGCCUUAG